AAAGGAGAGUCUGUUCGCCUCUUAUCUCUCUCUCUCCCCCAAGUCAUGGGCUCAUCUUUGCUCUCACCUCUGACGAGCCUCCACUGCCAAAUUCCGUUCAAACCCAAAGAUAAACUCGCAGGUGGCACUCCCAUUCUGUCCACAAAAACCUUCUCGGACGCAUCUCGCUAUUCUUGUUCCUCCUCUUCCUGCGCCCCGUCGUCAUCACGUCCCGUCCCCCCUCUUCACAGAACCGUCCCUCUCGCUGCUUCGCUCGCCAUCCUCUUGUGGUCGAAUCCAGCUGAAGCCGGAUUUCUCUCUGGAUUACCUGGAAUAGAGUCUGUCCCUGGCCCUCAAUUGCCUCAGGUUGAGUUUCUUGAACGGUUUAACGAAGAGAACCAGAAGAAGUACGCCGAAUUUGAUGAGAGGUUCAAGCAAUCUCCUCUGCUCAAGAAGCUGCUGGAGCAGUCGAAGCUCAAUAAGGAGAAGAACAGGCAAGAGAUACAGGACAAAUACUGCAUCCGCGGAGCCGAGUGGGGCGUGGGAGAUUGUUCAGCAGAAGGUAUGUCUCCGGAAGAUCGAGAAAACUUCAUUUCCAUGUUAAAGCAGAAGGCCGGCGUGAAAUGAAGGAGACUCUUCACUUCCCAACCGGAGACGCACGACCCUGUUAAAACCAGUCAGGUUGUCGUCAGGUUGCUCCCGGCCACUCCGGGUUCGCGGCAAAACACCCUCUUUUUUCCACUUCCCCUGUAACGUGUGUUGCAGAUCUGGUUCAGACGAGCAGUACUAGUCAUGUAUAAUGGUGAGAUGUAGCUCAUU